GCGAUUACGGUACUAUUUCGUAAAACGUGAUACAUACUUUAUAUUUUUGUUUUGAGGUCAUUACAUUGCACACGAUUUUAUCCGAUGCAAGACCGAACGAUACACGAACCGAACGUCAUCCGAAACAGAAAGAAAGAAGGGCGAUGUUAAACAUAGCGAAGAUAGACAGCUGUCGUUUCAUUUUCAGCUGAUUUUUGUGUACGCUGUGAAUAACAACAGUGAUCCUAGCUUUUUGUAAAAUACUGUACUGAAUAGUUGAUUUUGUACAACUUUUGUUAAAAGAAAGGGCAGAGCGAGGGUGUCGUGGGAACAAUCGAGAAACGUUUACCAUCGAACAAAGGGAGAUGGUUCAUUGAGCGCGGGCGGCGGGCAGCGGGCGUGACGUCACGCCGUGACGAGGCCGAUGCGGCGGGGAUCGUGACCGGAGGAGCGCGGCGAGCACGCGCAGCGGAGCAGGCCAGCCUGGCCUCCAGUGACUCCGGGGACGAGGGCCAACGGCCGCCGCGCAAGCGGACGCGCAGGCUGUCGCCGGAGCCAACUAUGCAUCAGCCGUGCACCAACGGCGCUCACCUAAACGGUGACGCCGCUCGGAAUGGAGACCUGUCGCCAGGUCUUCGCAUGGGCCAGACUGACCAGGAAAUUGUCCGUCUCAUUGGACAACACCUCCUAUCUGUUGGACUUGAGCGCAGUGCAUCGUUGCUGAUGGAGGAGUCAGGACUGCACUUGGAGCAUCCAGCGGCUGCUACGUUUCGGCAGCACGUGCUUGCCGGCGACUGGGUGAAGGCCGACCACGACCUCGGUGUCCUGCACGAUCUGCUACGCGACUCGCCGCACGUCGAUACGCAUAAUCUCUCAGAGAUGAAGUUCGUGGUGCUGGAACAAAAGUAUCUGGAGCACCUCGAAUCGGGCCGAGUGCUGGACGCGCUGCACGUGCUGCGGAACGAGCUGACGCCGCUGCAGCACGACACGCCGCGCGUGCACCGCCUGUCCGCGCUCAUGAUGUGCGCCGACGCGGCCGAGCUGCGGGCGCGCGCGCACUGGCCGGGCGGGCCGCCCUCGCGCGCCGCCGUGCUGGCGCGCGUGCAGGCCGUGCUGCCGCCCGCGCUGAUGAUGGCGCCGGGCCGGCUGCGCGCGCUGCUGGCGCAGGCGGCGGCGCAGCAGGCCGCGCGGUGCCGCUUCCACGCCGCGCCGCGCCCGCCGCUCGCAGCCGCCGUCCCCACCACCACCACCGCGACUACUACGGUUGCGGUCACCACGCCGCCCGUGGACCCCAUCCCCUUCUCUCUGCUCGCAGACCACCACUGUUCCGCCGACCAAUUCCCUAUACACUCUCUGCAGGUGCUGAACGAACACUGCGAUGAGGUAUGGUACUGCAAGUGGUCGCCUGACGGCUCCAAGUUGGCGUCGGGCUCGAAGGACAACACCGUUAUGAUAUGGGACUUCGACCCCAUAGCCAAGCGGCUAUCCUUUAGAAAGUCACUAGAAGGUCAUUCGUACGGCGUGUCAUAUCUAUCGUGGAGUCCCGACGGACGCUACCUCAUAGCCGCCGGGCCCGAGGACUGUCCCGAUCUUUGGAUAUGGAAUAUGGAGACGGAGCAGUUGCACCUGAAGAUGACGCACUCGCAGGAGGACUCGCUGACGGCGGUGGCGUGGCACGCGUCGUCCGACAAGUUCGUGUGCGGCGGCGCACGCGGGCAGUUCUACCACUGCAGCCUCGACGGCACACUGCUCAACAACUGGGACGGCGUACGCGUGAACGCGCUGGCGUGUCGCGGCGACGGCAAGGUGCUGGCGGCCGACACGCAUCACCGCGUGCGCGCCUACGACUUCGCCGACCUCACCGACCGCAACCUCAUCCAGGAGGAGCACGCGGUUAUGGCGAUGACUCUGAAUGCGGCAGACUCGCUGUUGUUGCUCAACGUGGCCAACCAGGGCGUGCAUCUCUGGGACAUACGCGCGCGUGCGUUGGUGCGUCGCUUCCGCGGCCUGUCGCAGGGUCACUUCACCAUACACGCGUGCUUCGGUGGGGCACACGAGGACUUCAUCGCAUCGGGCAGCGAGGACAACAAGGUGUACAUCUGGCACGUGGGCGGGGAGGAGCCCAUCGCGGUGGUGUCGGGCCACACGCGCUGCGUCAACGCCGUGGCGUGGAACCCGCGCCACCACGACGUGCUGGUGUCGGCCUCCGACGACUACUCGCUGCGCCUGUGGGGCCCGCGCGCGCACCAGCACUAGUCGCCCGACCGAGCCCCGCCGCCGUGCGAGCUUUUUGAAUUGGAGAAGAUUAUGUUAAGAUACCGGAGCGAUACUCCAGCAAACACUCCCAACAACUAUAAUAUAUGACACAAGUAGCGCCGGCUGAUGACUCAUGUGUAGCAAAUGUAUUUUAUUACGAAUGUGGUUUACUUAUUUCCGGGAACAUUCCUUGAACCAAGGAUGACAGUCUUACAGAGACGUUAAUAAUGAGGAAAAUAUUCGAGUUGAUUAUUAAAAUUAUCGUCACAAUAUUAAUAUAUAUUAUUCAAUUAAAAGUUAAUGCAAUUAAUUUCUUUACGUUCAUGUGAUCGAUUAUAAUAGAUUUUUUUAUGUUAAAUAUAAUUAACCUGUGGAACUUUUUGAUACAGAUAAAAAACACAUAAAUUGAUAUAUUUUGUUUAUGGAUAUGAGAUAUAAAAUCUUUAUGGUUGUUCCGUGACGUGGGUUUACUAUUCCAACAAAAACAUUUAUAUUUUGAUAUACAAAUGAAAAUGUACUUAAUUUUCCUUUAUCGCUGGAUGUGAGCAUUUUAAACUAUUACACUUUUAAAUUCCUUAAAAAUAUUCAACGCUAGACGGGAUGUCAUUUAUAAGAUUAUGUUGAAAAUUUUCAAUGAAAAAUAAAUAAGUCCAUUAUAAAUUUGAUCAUUGGUCAUGUGCAAUGCGAGUGCCAUUUCAGAGUGCAAUAAUAUCGGUUUUUCCAUUAUAGUACAUCGAAAAAUAAUGUUGAGUACACACCAACUAUGUGCACACAGCUUUUAUUGUAAUUGAUGUAAAGUCGAGAUAAACAUUGCAAGAGAUAUUUCAUAUGACAAGUAUGUAAGUCGAUGUCGAACGUGAAUGUUAGAAAAUUUAAGGUUGUGUCAGACGAAUGUCCUUAGAAAUUGUAUUUUGUUACGUGGUUUGUUUAUUAGAUUAGAAAGACGCGGGGGCGGCCGCGUCCGCGUGACUAGGUUAGUUAGAAUAAGCUUUCUAUAUCAAAAUUUAUGAACUGAUGGUAUAUUUGAUAAUUGUGACAAUGGCGAGUUUUAGUAUGUUUGGUUAAUUAUGAAAAUAAGUCGUCUAGCCGUCACACUAGCUUCAUUUGUAAGGCUCGAUGCAUACUAACUGUACGUAAGCGCCACUAAAGUGAAAGUGUGGAUCAGCCUUACUGUCUAUUGAUGAUAUAUGAGACGUGUAUUGAAGAUUGGUUUUAUAAGUUAGUGAGCGAUGAGCACUCGAGCUUGGAGUGAUAUCUUUGAAUGCAAUACGAUAGCUCUAAAGGUGUUGUCUUAGUGCGUUAAGAGAUUUAAUGUAGAGUCGGCGCGCCGCGUCCCGCGCUCACAGAAACGACCUUAGUGUAAUAAUGUAAGACUGCACUAUAACUAUCGACGGUUACACCAUCACCACCACUGUGAAUCUCUCUCGAGGUUGUUUGCCGGCCCGUUGCGAGGUCUUGACCGACACGAAACGUCCGAAUGUUGAUUUGUUGUUAUCUUAUUUAGUUAUAUGUACAUAAUACCUGAAUUGUAAAGUUUGGAAAUAUCACCAUUCGCCGCGAUCGGUGUUCACACUGCAGCGUGAGGCCACGCCCACAUUUUUGUAUCCUUAAAUAUUAUUUAACGUCCAAAGCUGAUGUAACUAAUGAGUCGCUUUAAUUGUUACGAACUCCGGGACCACACAUACACACCACACUCCCUCAUACGAACAAAACUCCAAUCGCACCCAAAAAUUGUUAGAGUCCAUUGAGGCCUAUUUACCGAAUUUAUAAUCUGUGAUUUUAGAAUAUUUCCUAAAUUUCCUGGCACACAUACAUAAAUCAUAAAUUAAUAUCGCAAAAAUUAAACGAACUAUGGGUGUAGAACGAAGCAGGUGUCCGCCGGCUCGACGAGACGGCGCCCGGAGUUCACGUUCGUACCAAAUAUCAGACGAUAGUUGCGCGAGUGUUGUGUGUAGAAGUACAAAGAGCGAUCGAUAAUAAAUAAAGUAACGUUAGUAUAGAGUAGGAGGUGGCGAUUGUUAUAAAUAAUUAUUAUAUAUCAAUAAAUUUUUUAUCGUAAAA